AUGAAGCGCACAUUUUCAGGCGAUGAAUUUGAUACAAGUGCUGAUGGUCUCGGUAAUGCCAAUUCUCAAAUGAGCGAUAUUGCUAAAAAGAGUCGUUCUGAAGCUGCAUUGCCUUCGCGUGUUGUUCAUUUACGAAAUGUAGAAGCAAGUGACCUUGAAAUUGUCCAACUUGGUCUUCCUUUUGGUCGAGUUACAAAUUUUCUUAAUUUACGUAAAAAAUCCCAGGCUUUCCUUGAAUUCGAUGCAACUGACUCAGCUAAGCAAAUGGUUGAUUAUUUUACAUUGACACCAGCGAUGCUGAAUGGUCGACAAGUAUUCGCUCAAUAUUCAAAUCAUGGCGAACUUCGUACAGAUCCAACAAAUCGUACAAAUCAACAAGCACAUGUUGCACUAAUACAAGCAACUGAUCUUUAUGAAACAGCACAAAAAGGUGGACCUAAUUGUGUAUUACGUGUUAGUAUUAUUAACAUGUUAUUUCCUGUUACGAUCGACGUAUUAUAUCAGAUUUUUAGUAAAUUUGGUACAGUACUUAAAAUUAUUACAUUUACAAAAAAUGAUAAAUUUCAAGCACUGAUUCAAUCAAAAGAUUCAACUGGAGCAGCACAAGCUAAAUUACAAUUACAUGGACAAAAUAUUUAUAACGGUUGUUGUACACUUCAAAUCGAGUAUUCAAAACUGCAUUCACUUACAGUUAAAUUUAAUAAUGAUAAAAGUCGCGAUUAUACGAAUCCAACAUUACCACCAGGCGAAGGACCUAUGUCACAACAACACGAAUUAGAACGCAUGCAUUCAAAUGCAGGUCUUCUUCCAUUACAUCGAACAAGUUCCAAUGAAGAUUAUCGUUAUGAUUAUUACUCUGCAGCAGCUCGUGGUAGACCUCCGUCAACUUCUGGAGCAUCUGGCUAUGAUAUGCAAGCUGGCAAUCAUUUAAUGAGUCCAUUACAAGCUACAUCAGCUGCAUAUAAUCCAAUGGCCGGUACAGCCGGUCCAUCGUAUGUUCAUCCAUAUGGUUCAAAUCAUCACCAAGCUCCGCCUAUGCAUGGAUUACCACCGAAUCAUGCUGCUGCUGCUGCUGCUGCUGUACAUAUGCAUGCUGUUCAUCAUCCAGGCCAACAAGCACAACAUAAUUUAUCUAUACAACAAAAUCCACAUAUGAUGUCUGUUCAAAACGGACCCGUUAUUCUGGUUUCGAAUUUAAAUGAAGACAUGACGACUCCAGAGUCUUUAUUCACACUAUUCGGUGUUUAUGGUGACGUGCAUCGGGUAAAAAUCUUAUUUAAUAAAAAAGAUUCGGCUCUCAUUCAAUUUGCUACACCCCAACAAGCAGCUGUUGCGUAUCAAAAUCUUGAUCAUAUAACAAUAUAUGGUAAACAAAUAAAAGUUUCAUUUUCAAAACAUCAAUUUGUACAAAUGCCCAAAGAUGGUACAUCGGAUAUGGGUUUAACAAAAGAUUUUACAAACUCACCGUUACAUCGAUUUAAAAAGCCAGGUUCAAAAAAUUAUAAUAAUAUUUAUCCACCAGGAACUGUACUUCAUUUAUCUAAUAUACCAAAUGAAAUCAAUGAAGAAGAAAUUCGAAAUAUAUUUUCUCAAUAUGGUAAAAUAAAGCGGUUUAAAUUCUUUGAAAAAGAUCGUAAAAUGGCUUUAAUCGAAAUGGAAACAAUUGAAGACGCUAUUGCAGCUCUAAUUAAUACCCAUAAUUAUCGUUUAGCUGAUUCGAUGCAUCUUCGAGUUUCAUUUUCAAAGAGCAAACUGUAA